UGAUCUGCUAUCAGUUGCAUUAAUCUCAUCUCUUAAAGCGACCGUUUACCCCAAAAACCAAUUUUAACACAAAUAUCUCUUCCUCAGACACGUAAGGUGUUCAGAGUAUUCGUAAACCCUCAAUUCAACUCCUCUUCUCUAGACUAUAACGUGGCUUGCUUCAGCUCAGCUCUCCAUUAAAUCUCAGUGGAAGAAUACAGCCUGUCUGCCUACCCUCUGUUGGUCAGGAAAUCCCACCCUCCCUCCAGUGCUGGACUCCAGUGUGGACCGGCCAAAUGCCAGGACAUGAGCAGUGGCUAAAAAUAUCUGUGGUGGAACGCGCGGUGUGUGAACAACACCACAGAACCAGGCUGACACUUACUUUGCUGUGUGCUGGACUGAGCAGUGGAGAUUCAGGCGUGAGUCACUGGAACAGUGGGUUUUUCUAUUGUCUGACAAAUACGUCUGGUGUUGUUCUGAUGGGACUCAAGAGUUGGGGAGAAACUUGUGGUGGAACACAGAAGCCUGCAGUUUAUUCUUCAGUUCCAGCCAUAAUGCAUUGGAUCUUGCAACUUUUGAACACAGAGUGAAAAUUUAAAGUUAAUAGCAUAAAAGCUGCUCUGAGUCAAUGCUGAUAAUUAGUUGAAAUCAACGUUUUUAAUCGACUAAUCAUUUUAUAUUAUUCAACCUAU